UCAAUAAUGAACAACGCCAGCAUGCAGAGCACAUAUUCUUAUCAUUUAGGAAAUCAAAAUCGCCAUUUGCAGUUUGCAAACACAUUUUGGUUCUUCAUGCUUUGGAAGUAACAAUUGAAGAGAGGUGAGGAAAGUUUGUGAAAAUUGUGAUCGGUCAUUAACUGCCACCUGCCUGAGGUACCUUCUGAGAGGAACUAGCCUCUUUGUGCUGCUAGAGCAAGGUCACAGGAAAAAAAAACAGAAACCAGCAAGGUGGACUAUGUCCUUUUUCAAGCUGCCACAGCGAUAAUGGAAGCGGUUGUGCGAGAGUGGAUUCUCCUGGAAAAAAGUAGCAUUGAGUCGCUCCGAACAUUCCUCUUAACAUAUGUCUUACAGAGGCCCAACCUUCAGAAGUAUGUUCGGGAGCAGAUUCUGUUAGCAGUGGCGGUGAUAGUAAAACGAGGAUCGCUAGAUAAAUCCAUCGACUGUAAGAGCAUUUUCCAUGAAGUCAGCCAGUUGAUAAGCAGCGGCAACCCCACGGUGCAAACUCUGGCCUGUUCCAUUCUCACCGCCCUGCUCAGCGAGUUCUCGAGCUCCAGUAAAACCAGCAACAUCGGGCUGAGCAUGGAGUUCCAUGGCAACUGCAAGCGCGGCUUUCAGGAGGAGGAUCUUCGGCAGAUCUUCAUGCUGACGGUUGAAGUCCUGCAGGAGUUCAGCAGGCGAGAAAACCUUAAUGCUCAGAUGUCGUCCGUGUUUCAGCGUUAUCUUGCACUCGCCAACCAGGUCUUAAGUUGGAACUUCCUUCCUCCAAACCUGGGCAGACAUUACAUAGCGAUGUUUGAAGCCUCCCAGAACGUGACACUGAAGCCGACAGAGUCCUGGAGAGAGACCCUUUUGGACAGCAGAGUGAUGGAGCUUUUCUUCACAGUCCAUCGAAAAAUCAGAGAAGAUUCAGAUAUGGCCCAAGACUCGCUCCAGUGUCUAGCCCAGCUGGCCUCUCUCCAUGGACCCAUCUUCCCCGAUGAAGGCUCCCAAGUUGAUUACCUGGCGCAUUUCAUUGAGGGGUUGCUGAGUACUGUCAAUGGAAUUGAAAUAGAAGAUUCUGAAGCGGUGGGGAUCUCUAGCAUCAUCAGCAACCUGAUAACUGUGUUCCCUCGCACUGCUUUAACUGCCGUCCCAAAUGAACUCUUCUCUUCGUUUGUCAACUGCCUCACCCACCUCACGUGUUCUUUCGGGCGAAGCGCGGCAUUGGAAGAAGUGCUCGACAAGGAUGACAUGGUGUACAUGGAAGCAUAUGACAAAUUGCUGGAAUCCUGGCUGACUUUGGUUCAAGAUGACAAGCAUUUCCAUAAAGGCUUCUUUACCCAGCAUGCGGUGCAGGUUUUCAAUUCGUAUAUUCAGUGCCACCUAGCAGCCCCAGAUGGGACUCGGAACCUGACUGCCAAUGGUGUGGCCUCCCGCGAGGAAGAAGAAAUAAGUGAGCUUCAGGAAGAUGACCGAGACCAGUUUUCUGACCAACUAGCCAGUGUGGGCAUGCUAGGAAGAAUCGCUGCAGAACACUGUAUACCUCUUCUUACAAGCUUGUUGGAGGACAGAGUGACGAGGCUUCAUGGCCAGUUGCAGAGACACCAGCAGCAGUUGCUUGCCUCCCCUGGCUCCGCCGCCGUAGACAACAAAGUGCUAGAUGACCUGUACGAAGAUAUUCACUGGCUGAUUUUAGUCACAGGCUACCUCUUAGCUGACGAUACUCAGGGAGAGACCCCGCUAAUACCUCCGGAAAUCAUGGAAUAUUCCAUUAAGCAUUCAACCGAGGUGGAUAUCAACACAACCCUGCAAAUACUGGGCUCUCCAGGGGAGAAGGCCUCCUCCAUCCCUGGGUGCAACAGAACGGACUCUGUAAUUAGGUUAUUAUCUGCCAUUCUAAGAGCUUCAGAAGUUGAAUCUCGAGCAAUAAGAGCAGAUCUAACUCAUCUACUAAGUCCACAAAUGGGCAAAGAUAUCGUUUGGUUCCUGAAACGAUGGGCAAAGACCUACCUUCUGGUGGACGAGAAGCUGUAUGAUCAGAUAAGUCUGCCGUUUAACACGGCUUUUGGCACCGACACGGAGGGCUCUCAGUGGGUUGUUGGCUAUCUCUUGGAAAAGGUGAUCAGCAACCUGGCCGUGUGGAGCAGUGAGCAGGAUCUUGCCAAUGACACUGUGCAGUUGCUGGUGACACUGGUGGAAAGGAGAGAAAGGGCGAACUUAGUCAUCCAGUGUGAGAACUGGUGGAACCUGGCUAAGCAGUUUGCACGUCGAAGCCCCCCGCUCCAUUUCCUGUCUAGCUCUGUGCAGAGAACGCUGAUGAAGGCGCUGGUCUUGGGAGGCUUUGCACACAUGGACACAGAUACUAAGCAACAAUACUGGACAGAGGUUCUUCAGCCGCUUCAACAACGGUUCCUGAAUGUAAUAAACCAAGAAAACUUCCAGCAAAUCUGCCAGCAGGAAGAGGUGAAGCAGGAAAUCACGGCCACGCUGGAAGCCCUCUGUGGCAUUGCUGAGGCCACACAGAUCGACAAUGUGGCCAUUCUCUUCAACUUUUUGAUGGAUUUCCUGAACAACUGCAUCGGGCUCAUGGAGGUUUACAAAAACACCCCAGAGACUGUGAAUCUCAUCAUAGAGGUGUUUGUGGAAGUUGCACAUAAACAGAUAUGCUAUCUUGGAGAGACCAAAGCGAUGAACCUUUAUGAGGCCUGCCUGACCCUACUCCAAGUCUACUCCAAGAAUAGUGUCGGGCGGCAGCGGCUCGAAGUCACCGCCGAGGAGGAGCAGUACCAGGACCUGCUGCUCAUCAUGGAGCUUCUCACCAACCUCCUCUCCAAAGAGUUCAUAGACUUCAGCGAUACAGAUGAAGUUUUUCGAGGACACGAGCCAGGGCAAGCGGCCGACAGAUCAGUAUCGGCAGCUGAUGUGGUUUUGUACGGUGUGAACCUGGUCCUUCCCUUGAUGUCCCAAGAUCUUCUGAAGUUUCCAACCCUGUGUAAUCAGUACUACAAGUUAAUCACAUUUAUCUGUGAGAUCUUUCCUGAGAAAAUUCCCCAGCUUCCUGAAGACUUAUUUAAAAGCCUGAUGUACUCCCUUGAGUUGGGAAUGACGUCAAUGAGCUCAGAGGUUUGCCAGCUCUGCCUGGAGGCCCUGACGCCACUGGCUGAACAGUGUGCCAAGGCACAAGAGACAGAUUCGCCUCUCUUUUUGGCAACAAGGCACUUUCUGAAGCUGGUUUUUGACAUGCUGGUGUUGCAGAAGCACAAUACAGAGAUGACGACAGCAGCAGGCGAGGCCUUUUACACGCUAGUGUGCCUGCACCAGGCGGAGUACUCCGAGUUGGUGGAAACGUUACUGUCAAGUCAGCAAGACCCAGUCAUUUACCAGAGGCUAGCAGAUGCCUUCAACAAGCUGACCGCCAGCAGCACUCCUCCCACGCUGGACCGGAAGCAGAAAAUGGCCUUCCUGAAGAGUUUAGAGGAGUUUAUGGCCAAUGUUGGAGGUCUCCUGUGUGUAAAAUAAGCGACAGAACUCUGCUCAGUUUAGACCCUUUCUGCAAAAUGCACUGAAAUGCUGAAAGCUGACUACGUCUUGUUCCUGUUCCUGGAUUCUUGAUAACCAUUAUUGGACUCGGAAGGACCUGGAAGAUGAUACAGUGAAACGGGAGAGGUCAACUUGGAAUCAGCUUCUGCUACUAUGUGUUAGCCACAAUCGGUCAUCUGUGUGCCUGUGUGUGUGUGUGUGUAGAGAAUGAAUGGCAAUUUGAAAUUUUCACAGAAAUUCCAUAUAUGUGCAAACAGAUGUGGGCACCGCAAAAAGUCUUUUCAGUGCCUUUUCCCCUGUUCGGUUAAACACGUGGCCAGGCGAAUUUUAGAAUUUUUGUUACUGAAAACUUUAUUAGAUGGGAAGUCUGCUUUAGGUAUACAGAGCUGUCCCCAGUUUUGCUGUUUUAAGCUUUAUCUUUCCUCUCUGAAGACUGAGUUUGUGAUCCAGUGGAAAGAAGCCCCCCCACAACACCAAAUGACAUUUUUUAACUUCUGUGUGUAUUUUGUUUUAUUUUUUCUACAUCAACCAGGUUUAUUGGUUGUUUUAUGUCAUGCAUACGCUAUUGAUGCCUGAAGUUCAGGAGCAAAAAAAGUAUAGGUUUUGGUCCCCUCAAAGGAAUUUUAGGAACUGUAGCCAUUUCAUUGCCUUAACUUACGAGGGAAGCAAAAUGGAAAAGGGGAAGGUACGUUUGGUAAGAAACCAAGUCUCGCUAUGGGGCUCCAGACUCAGUUUUGGUUGUCUCUCGUCAGCUGCUGGGAACCUUACUGGGUCUCUCUCGGGCCCGGCAGCUCUGGGGCUUGGUGUGCCCACGCUGUAGACAACUGUAGCAAGGUCUACACUGAACUGUUGCUUGAGCAAUAACAAUCCAGAGGUGGCAGGUAAGCCACUGGCGUGUAGCUGCUGGGCUGUUAAGGAGAAAAAUGAAAUCGUAGUCUUUUGUUAUUCGGUGUCAGGUUUGGUUUGAACAGCAGCCCCUCGCUUCUGAAUUCAGGGGUGAGUGUUUAAAGGCGUUUUUAGAAUCUGUAGCAAAUCUCACGGGUUUUGGAUUUUAAAUCCUUCCAUUCUUGUUUUUUCCAUUCAGGAGCCCUGCCUGGGUGCCGCCUGUCCCAUAGUGGGAGAGAGCGUCUGUUUGCCAGCUAAUUGCCAGAGUCCCGCCUAAUUGUAGUGAAGUGUGAGCGCAGACCCUGUCAUGCCGCCCCAAACGUCCAGGGUGGGGCAGGGGCCGCGACUUCGUCUCACUGUUGGCCGACGCCCUUAGGCUGUGCCGGUGUCCGGUUUCCGGGUGGUCUUUACGUUUGUACAAAGUGUGUGCAGAGUGUGUGUGUGUGUGUGUGUGUGCGCGCACGCGCUCGUGGGUGCGCACACACGCGUCCCCCUUAACUUGGGUGUACAGAACCUCCCACUGCAGCUCUGUGUCCAUCCCCAGACUACGAGAGACGGCCGAUCUGUGGUGCCUCAACUGUUUGCCCACGUGGGGCUGAGGGGCCAGCACUUUCUGAGGAUUUUCAGGGCACUGUCCUCUCAGUUUAUCCACCACUGAGACACAGCGGGUUUGCAGCAGCCAUUUUUCCGGCUACUGAUCGGACCCUUCACCUCCCAAAGCUCCCUUUGAAGUAAAGCAUGGCCCUGUCAGGAUCUUUCAAUACUGCAACUAUUUCCGAUAAAAUAUUGUUAGGUUUCUUCCCCAACUCCUAUUUGCUCCCUGUGGGGUUUUAACCUGCAACAGCAGUCUUUCUCCCUCCACUUCACUUUUGUGCUCGUGCAGGUCGGGCCCGCAUGUGCUGUCACAUUGUUGGAUGCCUUCUUCCUCCCCUGGACCGGCCGGGCCCCCGGGCCCCCGGGGCCUUCCCGGGUUCUGCACCGGUGACCUCCAGCCAGUCUGGCCCAGCGGACCCAAAAAAUUGGAGCAGGGCAGGCCUGUCGGGGAGUUGAGCGGCAGCAUCGGUGCCGAUGGGCUUUGUUUUCACCGGCCAAGGGGCAGCCUGCCCAGGGAGCCGUCCGAUCUGCUCCCGGUCAUGGCCGGCCUCGACCCGAAGAUGCUUUCGGUUCAUCGGCCCUCCCCACACCGACUCCGUCACCAAAGUGGUGUCUCUGGUGGGAAAUCGUGGAAGGAAACGCAGGAUGAAAACGAGAAUGCCAGUGUACAUCCCGAGAGGAUUCGGGGUUCGGAGAACAUAGCCCAUGGUCGUUGUGGUUUCGUUUGUGUUUCUGUGUGGGUUAGUGUUUUUAAAGGAUUCUGGCCCAGAGCGUCAAGAGCAUAAUCUUGUUCCAUUAUGUUGAUUUCCCAGAAUUACUGGCUAUCAAUUGUCAGCAAAGAUUAAACAGCAUUUUUAACACUCA